UGCAAGGCUUAAUAUGGUCGAAGAAAAAGUUGAAAGUACAGAUUUCAAUGUUGGUAUUGUUACAUCCAAAAUAACCGAUCUUGAAGACAGAAACAAAAAACUUAACGAUGACCUUGUUUACAUUCAAUCUCAGUCAAUGAGGAAUAACCUGAUAUUUACAAACAUUGAUGAGGCCCCAACGGGAAAUAAUGAAGACUGUGAACAAGUGAUAAGAACCUUUCUGACAGAUAAAAUGAAAAUAGCAAAUGAUUUAGUUAAAGAAAUGAAAUUUGAAAGAGUGCACAGAAUAGGAAAUCAUGGUAGAAAUGGCAAGCCUAGAAAUAUUGUCGCCAAAUUUAAUUUAUUUAAAGAGAGGGAACUUGUAAGGAAGUCAGGUGUAGCACUAAAAGGUACCAAUUGUUAUGUGAACGAACAAUUUCCAAAAGAGGUUAUCGACAAGAGGAGAGAACUACUGCCAAAAUUGAAAGAAGCUAGGCAGAAAGGUAAUAAAGCAUGGCUGUCAUAUGAUACGUUGUACAUCGAUGGAAAGGCUCAGAAAUAGGAGCGCGGAGAGGGUGAAUUGAGUAUUUGUGCAUGGAAUGUAAACGGUUUAACGGAAAUAAAAAGGAGUAACCAGGAUUUUAUUGAUUCGAUUAUUGAACAUGACAUUAUAUUUUUAUGUGAAACUUGGUGCAACAAAAACAGCAACAUCGAUAUAUCAGGCUUUAUUUCGCAUAACUAUUAUAGAAAAUUCAAGCACAGAAGAGCCAAGUGUAGCAGCGGAGGUGUUGCGCUAUAUUAUAGAGAUUAUUUACAAGGUGGUAUUAAUAUUGUUAAAAACCAUUAUGAUACUAUAGUAUGGAUUAAGCUAGAUAAAACAUUUUUCAAGUUUCAAGAAGAUGUUUACAUAUGUUGUGUGUACAUAUGGUGUGAGGAUUCGCCAGC